UCCGCUGACGGAACUGAAUGUGACAGAUUGUAAACAGAUGCGGGAUGUCGGGCCCUGGGGAAGGACGUCCUGGUGCCACAUUGCAUUUAUCACUCACUGAAUUACUGCCUUACAGACUGCAGUGAUUUAAUUGAGGGACUCAUCUGAAUGAGGCAACACCUGUUCUAGACAGCACUGUUUGCACUCACCUUUCCCAGUGCUGAUACUGAUAGCUGGCACAGCGGCCAGUUCUCAUUAGGUUCUUGAUUAACAACAUUGGCUCAUAAAGUGACAGUCCUGGAAGGGGUUCAGGCCUUUGUGGACCAUCUGUUUUGCUACACUUCCUUUUGGGUUCAGACAGCAGAUGUUCAGCCUGCGGUGCCCUCGGGCCUUACGAUCCUGCUGUGUCUUCCCUCACACAUGUAAGGAAACCGUCUGUUUGCUCCACCCCUCCGCUUACUCUGUGACGCCGAAAUUGUCAAGGUGAUGGAGGGUCUGGAGGUUGAGGACAUAAGCCCCGCCCUCGAGGCCACUGAGGACUACUUGCACUGCCUCGAUGACAAUCAAGGAGAUGGCCGGGUACAUCAGCCCAAGCUUAAAGAGGCAUCCACCUUGGACAAGUUGAACUCCAGUGGGGUGUGGGGACUACUGACAGGAAAGCAAUCUGAAAUAUCACCCAAAAAUAUGGCCUGGGCGGAGCAGUCAUCUUUCACUGUGCUAGGACUGCGACAUGGAAAAAGGAACCGGGCCCGAUCCACCAAUGAUUUGGCGGCUCAUGCCAAAGAGACGAACUCCACCACCAAUACAUCCAGUGGCGGCUUCAAGCGUGGCCACAACCGCUCCCGUUCAGACGUCAACAACCGCACUUACACCGAUAAUGGCAUGCCUGCCAUUGACAAAAAUACACUCAAGAACAUGGCGUUGAAUGACCACAGAGAUGCUCAUAAGGAGAGCAGCCCUAGUCUGGUGAAGCAGGGAACGCUGGAGCACAGAGAGGGCCCAUGGGGCCGUUGGACCACCUGUCAUGUGGAGCUUACACCCUGUGAGCUGCGUCUCUACAGCCUGGACAGCAGCGGCAACCAGCAGCUAUGUGCCGCCCUCUCACUGUCCCAUUGCCAAGGGGUGAGCGCACCGCAGCCGCAGGAUGGACGUGUACUCCAGGCCGUCUUCUUUAACAGCACUCGUGUGCAGUUACGCGCACCCUGCCAGUGGGAGGCACUGGAGUGGCGUAGACUCCUAUGGGAACGUGUCUUGGCUGCCCGUCCAGCCAGUCGCAAAAGGGAGCCGACCCGUGCCAUCUCCCCUACCCCUCACGAACCCGAUCCAGAUGCGGCCACGGUGCCAGCCCCUCGACCCCUGGUACGUCCCACGGCCCUACCACUGUUCACCCAGCAAUGUGCUGAUGUUCUUAAGGCCGGUCUUCUGCACCAACUCACCGACCUCAAUAACUGGAGGGCCUUCACGUUUGUACUGAGCCGCACUGAGCUGCAGGCCUUCCCGACUGAGGGAAGAGGCCCAGUGUCGGAGCCGUUGUUGAGAUACCCUCUGGCCUCCUGUCUGGCUGUGCAGCGGGAUGAUGAAGACGGAGACACCAUCUCCCGCUUCCAGGCGGUCUUCCCCGAUGAUGUGCUGCGCUUGCGGGCAGAGACCGAGUCCAAGGCCCAGGACUGGGUGGAGACCUUGCGCACUGCAGUGACGGCUCAGCACCCACAUUGGGAGAAUAACCAAGUGGCGAUAAGGAGUAAGCCAGGCAGGGAGCGACGGCACAGGGAGGCCCAGAGAGCUAAACGACAGUCCGUCACCACUAGCUUUCUCAGCAUCCUCACCUGUCUGGCUGUAGAGAAGGGUCUUACUGCUCAGAGCUUCCGAUGUGCAGGAUGCCAGAGGCCAGUGGGUCUGUCACGGUGCAAGGCCAAAGUUUGCUCUUAUAGCGGUUGGUACUACUGCCCAAGUUGUCACCAGGACAACCUCUUCCUCAUACCUGCGCGUCUACUGCAUAAUUGGGACACUAACAAACACAAGGUGUCAAAACAAGCGAAGGAGUUUCUGGAGUUUGUUUAUGAGGAGCCCCUGUUAGAUGUCCAGCAGUUGAACCCGUGUCUGUAUGAGCAUUGCGAGGCAUUGGCAGCCGUUCUCAAAUUGAGACAGCAGCUCCAGUCUCUCAGGGCUUACCUCUUCAGCUGCCGGGCCACAGUGGCAGAAGACCUUCGCCGCAGGAUUUUUCCGAGAGAAUACCUGCUACAGCAUGUGCACCUCUACUCAUUGGCAGACCUGCAGCAGGUCAUAGAUGGAAAGCUUGCUCCCUUCCUCUCUAAGGUGAUCAAGUUUGCCAGCUCUCACGUCUAUAGCUGUAGUCUGUGCCGGGAGAAGGGCUUCAUCUGUGAGCUUUGCCACACUGGCCAGGUCAUCUAUCCCUUCCAGGAGAAUGCCACCAAAAGGUGUGAGGGCUGCGGUGCCGUCUUCCAUGCCGAGUGUCGGAUGCAAGCCCGGCCGUGCCCGCGAUGCGUGCGCAGAGAACUGCACAAGAAGCCCGCAUCAUUCUGGAAGAGACACGGCCCUCAGGACAGCCCUGAUGACGAGGUGCUGGACUGCUUUGAGCUGGACACCUGAGACGGUUUACAGAGAGCCGUGCCUGAGCACACUGCACUAAUGAAGUCCAUGUGCUGCUGUGUCCACUAAGGACAAGAUUCUGUGCUCCCUCAGUGGAAGUGCUCCAUGAAAACCGAGGAACAGAGGCGUUUUUGUUUUUUUACAUUCUCUCUCACCUGAGAGGGAUGGGCACAGAGACAAUAAUUCAGCUCCCGAAGAGCAGAGGCUUCAUAAUGAUACCAAUUUACCCUUCCCUUUCAUCUACCAAAUGACAGCCAGGGCCAACCGACAAAUACAGGCAAAGUACGCUCACACACUUGCACAUAAACACACUCCCACUGACAGAUGUAAAAUAAUGCACUUUCUGGCAGACUCACAGUCCAAGAGCGAUGAUUUAAACCAAUUUCUGGACACAAAUAGAGCUUCUAAUCCAUUAAUGGUUCAGUGAAAAUGAGCGCUGCAAGAUGGGAGUCUGGCCCCUCUGUUAGGUUUCCAUCCACACUGUAGUUAGCCUACUAUGCCGAAGAUCCUUGAUUUGGAGCACAUGAAGGCUGAAAAUGAACUAUUUUUUUUUCUUUUCUGUUUCACAUGUUUGCAUUUUUGCACUUUACAUUUAUGAUUUGUCCCUACGUUUACAUUUUUUUAUUAUUAUUACAAGAUCAUUGCACUUUCAGUCAGAGCAUGUUGCCAUAUCUGUUUUUAUCUCAAUGCAUUCAGCUUUGGUUUGCAUUGUACUGUGAAGAAGGAUUGGUGUCUCGUCCCGUCCAGCUGGAGUUGAAAAAGUUUGACUGUUUAUCAACACUAAAUGGCACUGCCUAUACGCAGCUGAACCACGUUGUUCUUGCUAACCGCCUGCUCCAUGAUUACAAACUACUCUGGGCCACCAAACCCCGAAAUUACAGUCUAAAGUUCCAGUGCUUUGUUUAGCAUUCAUUCGUCUUUUUAACAAGAAAUGUAAAGCAAACCCGCCGUGGACAAGCUCAUAAUUCAUGUCCAUCUAACCUCUGCUUUGGAUCCUUGAAGCCUCUCUGCGUUCAUACUAAGUUUUCUUGCUACUUGAAAUUAGUAUUGGCAAUAAAGUCACUUCUUUUGCUGCCUUAUUUGACUUCCCAUUCUUUGGCCAGACCUGUCAUUCUCCAGUUGGACAAUAUGUGCAAAAUGCACAAUAAGAAAUAAAAAACAAAAAACUUUUUUUUAGCUAGAAAAACCCUGCUGUAUACGUAGCAAGCUGACUUGACAUUUUAGGAUGUUCACUUGAAUCUAUAUCACUGUUAUAUCUAAUUUCCCUGUUUUCUUUUGUUCUUCAGUUUUAUUUAUUAUUUUUUUCAAUAAGCAUACAGAAGUAAUUAGCAGUGGACAUCUCUUCCUUGACAUCUCACCAGCAAACAGAAGCUUCAGAUAUAAAUCACAUUCAACAUUACUGAUAUAAAACACUUGCACAUUCAAAAAACUGUUACAUGUUAUACUGGACUUGAAACAUUCUGGUUGUUUUGAGAUUUAGUGGCCGACAGUGUCACUUAUUGAACACUUUGAGAUGGUUCUAGGUCAACUUGCAUAUCAUUUGCUACCAUGUUACAUUUCGUUUUAUGAGAAAUUGUUUUAAUUCCAUUGAGCUUAUGUUUUGCACCAAGAAGUUUACUUCUAAAUGAGAUUCAGCCUUAGUUUACGUAUGGUUGGUGUGUGAUAGGACAAUGUAGAUGGAUGGAUGAUCAUGUUAGCUGUUCAGAAUAUUUUGUUGUAUUUAUUGAAUCUGUGUCUUUUUGCCUGCCUUAAAUGAAAAGCCAAUGCAUCGGCCCGUUGAUGUUCUUUGAUUAGCAAGCUAUAGUCACUCAAAAGAUGUUUCAGUAUUUAUUAAACUAAUCAGAAUAUCAGGCUAUAUAAUAUAUCGUAAUAUAAUCACUUAGUGUUUUCGUUUUCUGAAAGCGAAGACCUUUACUUAUACCUUACUAAAAAAACACAAUAAUAAUCUCCCCAGAAUCUGACGAUCUCUUGUUUGCCCAAAAGAGAACUCGUCGUUUUACUGUUUUACGCUUGAAGUAAGCUAAAUGCACCAUGUUUUACAUGAAACUAUAAAAUAUAGUGGUGUGUUUGCAGUCGGUUUGUUUUAAAAGUUGUAUUGUUACGGUGCAUUAUUCGCACUGUUCUUUAAAAUCAGGGAUUCUUAACACGCUGAAUAAUGGUCAUGGAGAGACAAACGAAAAGGGAACUCGGUGGAUGUACCUUUAUUCUUUCAGUACACCAAAUCUGUCUUUUAUUUUGUAUUUGUUUUUUUCUGCCGUCACUUUGUUCUCAGUUGUAUAUUUACAUAUCGGUUUUGUUUCAGAAGUAUUUAUUGUAUUUAUAUUCUUCACUGUAAUUUCUGUUUCAGUUUCUGGAUUUUCCCUGUGCUUUCUUGUAUUCUGCAAACUCUUCAUUACAGACAACCUCUUAUGCAACUACAAAUAUUUGUUUCAGUACUUGUGCGGGUUCUUCUUUUCUGUUCUUUUUUUACCACUGUUGCCAAUAAAGUCAAUUGCUUAA